AUGUCUGAGCCCUCCUCACUCACUUCCUCCCCGGCUGGCCCGUCGUCCUCUCCCCUCCUGAACGACUCCCAGCCUCCGCCACAACCCCUGCCAAAUACUGUGGUGAGAGACGACUACGAUGCGGCGGACGCGGCUCGUCAGCGGUUUCGCAAACGCAGCUUCUUCUCAAGCAGAGUCUCUCUCCCCGACUUUCACAGACGGAAAUCGCGAGCACGCAAACGGGACGCGUCUCCUACUCCCUCCUCAAUAGCGCGUAUCGAGUGUUCUGCUUCCGCUUCAGACAUACCCGAAUUGGUGGACAUCUCGGACGCGUCAAAUCUCGCAGCCGAACUUGAUGAGGACUACGACAAGGAUGUGUACAGAUGGGCAGUCCUAUAUGAGAACCAAAGAGGUGCUAUGGUCUUUUCAACCGCAUACUACUCGGCACUCACUCUCCUACCGCUGGACCCGCCACCCUUCACCAUCCCCACCGCCAUUCGCUCCCCGCGCAAGGGCCAGCCCACGGUAUCUCUCGAGGACUACCCCCUUCCAGAUGGCUCAUGGAAGUGGGUUUCACGCUCGUGGAUGAUCGACAUGCGAGGGGACGGCCAGGUGCAGUACGACGGUUUCGAGUACAGCCGCUCGUUUCGCAGCAAGAAGUGGGGCACCGACCCCGGCGUCUUGAGCAAUCGGGGACUCGUGCGAAGAAGACGAUGGAUACGGCUCAUGAUGCGCCCCGGGCAGAGCGUUCACGACGACACCAAGAGCACCCUCAGUAUACCCGGCGUUUUGUCCGUCCUACCACAGCUCAUACAUAACGAGGACGGAGCGACACGACCACCGUCGGUCAUGCUCUCAAUCUCGGAUGACGGUGAUGGAGGGCUCGAUGUGUGGAUGGGGGACGAGGGUGACUGGGAUCGAUGUCAUGCCGCCCUACGACGCCUUGGGCGGGAUGGCAGGAAGCUGGAGCUUUGGGCGAGCUGGCUCGGAGUUGAGGAGGGCGCGCCGCUUUCUCGGAAAACGUCGAGGAAUCCUUCUCUGCAAAACCCACGCGCCAGAGGAGAGCCUCUCGCGGCCAAAGAGGAAGAAGAGGCCUCCACUGGCUCCGACCAAACAGAGGCCGGUAGGCUCAUGGCCGACGCGAGGGUUAACCUUUCCGAAGCGUCGAAGGAGCAUAUAGCCGCUGUUGUACGCAUACACGGUUUGGACAUCCUGGAUUCAUUUGUGUAUCCUGACUCAAGGGCUCAAUUCCUGCAGUACUUGAGACGCGCGGGGCUGCUUGCAGAGUUUCGUGCUGGGCUCGGGGCAUCUGAGAGCGCGCGCGCAGUGGACUUUUGGAGUUAUACCCAAGACUUGGACGCGACAUCGACCUCUGAACCCGUUGUAUGAUAUCCCCUACCUAGGUUUCAUUCUGCUGUAUACCCCGCGUUUUGGUACAACCUUCUUCCAUCCUUGUGGUUCACC